CGUCUCUCUGAAUAUAAUUUUAGAUUGAGAUUCAGAUUAAAUCCGAGGGGAAAACACUUUAGGAGGCUGAAAGCUGUGUCGUUGCCAGAGCCAGGGUUAUGAGCUAUCAAAUGCAAUUACAUUAAGACAGAUUAUACUGGGCAAAUUGAGCCAUUUAGAAGGCAUGCAGAUGCUCUCCGUCCAGCCCAAGGGGAAGCAGAAGGGCUGCGCCGGCUGCAACCGCAAGAUCAAGGACCGCUACCUGCUGAAGGCGCUGGACAAGUACUGGCAUGAGGACUGUCUCAAGUGUGCCUGCUGCGACUGCCGCCUGGGCGAGGUGGGCUCCACCCUCUACACCAAGGCCAACCUCAUCCUGUGCCGACGCGACUACCUGAGGCUUUUCGGCACCACAGGAAACUGCGCAGCCUGCAGCAAGCUGAUCCCAGCCUUUGAGAUGGUGAUGCGGGCCCGGGACAAUGUGUACCACCUUGACUGCUUUGCCUGCCAACUCUGCAACCAGAGAUUUUGUGUGGGAGACAAAUUCUUCCUGAAGAACAACAUGAUCUUGUGUCAGAUGGACUAUGAGGAGGGGCAGCUCAAUGGCACCUUUGAGUCCCAGGUACAGUAACGCCUGGCACCUGGCCUCUGGGCCCAUCUCUCCAUCUGCCCGUCUGCCCACCUGCCCGCCUGCCCACCCGCUGGGCCGGCCGGCCACCCUCCUGCCACGUUAGAAUGUCUCCAUCCUGGAUGGGAGGGACGGCCCUUCCUCCACCGCCGCUGCCUGUCUGUGUGUGACCCUCCUGGGGCCAGGCUGAGCCUGUACAGUCCGUCUUCUGUAUAUAAAUGGGAACAUUUAUUUUAUGAGAAAUGUAAUGCGGUUUUAUUACUGGCGUGGAUUAAAGUUAUGAAUGUUU